AUGAGCGCAGCGUUCCCGCCGUCGCUGAUGAUGAUGCAGCGCCCGCUGGGGAGUAGUACCGCCUUCAGCAUAGACUCGCUGAUCGGCAGCCCGCCGCAGCCCAGCCCCGGCCAUUUCGUCUACACUGGCUACCCUAUGUUCAUGCCCUACCGGCCGGUGGUGCUGCCGCCGCCGCCGCCGCCACCGCCCGCGCUGCCCCAGGCCGCGCUGCAACCGGCGCUGCCGCCCGCGCACCCUCACCACCAGAUCCCCAGCCUGCCCACCAGCUUCUGCUCCAGCUUGGCGCAGGGCAUGGCGCUCACCUCCACGCUCAUGGCCACGCUGCCCGGCGGCUUCUCCGCGUCUCCCCAGCACCAGGAGGCGGCGGCUGCCCGGAAGUUCGCGCCGCAGCCGCUGCCUGGCGGUGGCAACUUCGACAAGGCGGAGGCGCUGCAAGCCGACGCGGAGGAUGGCAAAGGCUUCUUGGCCAAGGAGGGCUCGCUGCUUGCCUUCUCCGCGGCCGAGGCUGUGCAGGCGUCGCUCGUCGGGGCUGUCAGAGGGCAAGGGAAAGACGAGUCAAAGGUGGAAGACGACCCGAAGGGCAAGGAGGAGAGUUUCUCGCUGGAGAGCGAUCUGGACUACAGCUCGGAUGACAAUCUGACUGGCCAGGCGGCUCACAAGGAGGAAGACCCCGGCCACGCGCUGGAGGAGACCCCGCCGAGCGGCGGCGGCGCGGGCAGCACCACGUCCACGGGCAAGAACCGGCGGCGGCGGACUGCCUUCACCAGCGAGCAGCUCCUCGAGCUAGAGAAGGAGUUCCACUGCAAAAAGUACCUCUCGCUGACCGAGCGCUCACAGAUCGCUCACGCCCUCAAACUCAGCGAGGUGCAGGUGAAAAUCUGGUUCCAGAACCGCCGGGCCAAGUGGAAACGGGUGAAAGCUGGCAAUGCCAAUUCCAAGACAGGGGAGCCCUCCAGGAACCCCAAGAUCGUUGUCCCCAUCCCCGUGCACGUCAGCAGGUUCGCCAUUAGAAGUCAGCAUCAGCAGCUGGAGCAGGCCCGCCCCUGA